CAUAGUCCACAUGGAGUGCAUCAAGCAACUAAAUCACCGUUUCUAAACCAAACAAAGAAGAAAAUUCUUAUUGUUAAUUUUUCUUUAAAAAUGACAAACUGUACCAUUUGUUUGUUUUUCUUCUUCAUCUGCUCUUGGGGUUCUGCAUCACUGGAAAUAGAGCACGACUGUACUAAUGUUAAUGAUGAUGCUCACAAGAUUCGGUCGCAGUUCCUUCAUCUUCUACGUACCAGACGAUCACGUCCUCAAGUUCCUCUGACCGUGGAACCUGCAAAACCAGUGCUCGAUCCUUUGUUUCAACUAGUUCCUCCUAUACCAACAUUCAGUGAGGAAAUAUUGGAGUCUUUGCCGAAGGCUCAUAUUAAAAACCUUAAGGAACGACUUAAAGAGGAAAAUCUUUAUUUGCACACUGAGGCUGGAGAGCAAGGACGGUUGCCUGUGUUAAUCUUAAGCUUGAAAGACAGCAAUCAGACAAGAAGGCCAGCUGUUGUUUUUCUGCAUGGUACCAGUAUGAACAAAGAGUGGUUACGACCAUUUCUUGAGGCAUAUGCUUCAAGGGAAUACAUAACCAUCGCCAUCGAUUCUCGCUACCAUGGUGAACGUGCCUGCAAUCUGACUACCUAUCAAGAUGCCCUAGUGUCAUCAUGGAAAAAGGGAGAUACAAUGCCAUUUAUAUUUGAUACUGUGUGGGAUUUAAUAAAACUAGCAGAUUAUUUAACUCACAGAAAGGAUAUAGACCCUGCUAGAAUUGGAAUUACCGGUAUAUCGCUUGGAGGAAUGCAUGCUUGGUUUUCUGCCUUUGCUGAUACCCGCUAUUCAGUUGCUGCUCCAAUCAUUGGUGUUCAGGGAUUUCGAUGGGCCAUAGACAAUGACAAAUGGCAGGGUCGAGUUGAUACUAUAAAGGCUGUAUUUCAAGAAGCAAGGAUUGAUUUAGGCAAGAGUGCAAUCGAUAAAGAAGUGGUGGAGAAGGUCUGGGAUAGGAUUGCUCCUGGUCUAGCAUCCCGGUUUGAUUCACCUUACUCAAUUCCAGCCAUUGCACCACGUCCUCUGCUGAUUUUGAACGGUGCUGAUGAUCCACGUUGCCCGCUUGAUGGUAUAAAAACUCCCACAAAGAGGGCUCGCAAGGCUUAUGCAAAUGCCCAUGCUUCGAAUAAUUUUAAGCUCAUCGCACAACCUGGAACAGGCCACGAACUGACACCGUUAAUGGUGAAAGAAUCAAGUGAUUGGAUGGACAGGUUCCUCAAGCAAUAACAAUUUCUAUUUGCUGUAACUCGCUUUGAAUGAUGCAAUGUUCCCGUGAUCAAGACUUUGUUCUAAUCCGAUCAUACCAAUAAAUUAUGAACUAGUUAUCUCCACUCUAUAAGGUUGAUGCAUGCAAUCUCUCUCUUUUCCUUGUGCAACCAUAAUUUUUGCCUGAGCCCAACAUUAGAUUACAUAACAUUAACUACCCAAAAGAAAUUCGACCAAGGUUUUCCAUCACUAGUUUGAAGGAAACUUUCCUCAAAGGUGGCCACUAGUAAAACCCAAUUUUUAGGUAUUUGAGACAAGAAAAACUAGUUGAUUAUAGUUUGAUUAUAACGGGUGGAAAUUGGAGAAUUGAAUAAAAAGAUAAGAAAAUAAUGGACCAAAUCAAAACAAAAUAAAGUUGUUCAUCAAUGUUGCACUCUUUAAUUUGAGGCUUUUAGGCAUGUCUUGGUGUCGUAUAAGCGAGGUUUUGGCCUUCUAGAGACUUUGAGAUUUGAGAGGGUAGGGUGGGGGGCCUAAUUGUGGGGCUUGGUUGAGUAAUUAGCAUUGAUAUUCUUUUUUUUUUUUUUUCUUGUGAUUGGGGGAAAGCGAUAAAUAUUCAACAUUCAUCUUCGAAUUCUCCCGAGUAAGACAAAUCUAUGGAAAAGCCAGAAAUUUAAAAUUGGCCCAUCCCUCAAUCCAGAAAAUUUCCCCAUUUCUUGUCUUAUCCCUUUUUCUCAAUCGAGUCAAGGCAAAACACAGUGGGCAAGAUAGCUGGAAUUGCAAUUAUAACAAUCUCAUUUAGACACAACUAAAUUGUCCAGGGUACUGCAUGCUGGUAACACAGAGAUAGAGAUGAAUGUUUGAUUGCCUCAGAAAUAAACUUCAAUGAGAA